CAUUGGCUUAGACGACCGGCGAGCGUUUCAUCGUUACUUGUGAUUGGCCGGCCGGGCGGUCUGUCAGGAGCGUCGGUGAGGGGGAGCGGCCGGUCUCUGGAGGUUUCUGCUGGCUCUAAAGGUGGCGGCCCUGUGUGGAGUCUGAGGAGCCGUGAUAUCCUGCUGCUUGUCCGCCUUUCCCUGAAGAGGAGACGGGCGCCGGUGUCACUGGAAGCCUGCACGAGGGUGAACACAAGGACGCCUGCGGAGAAGAUCCAGAGAUAGAGAAUGGCAGACCUGGAGCUUAUGGACGCACUGACGGACGCCCCGCCGCAGAUUGAGCCGGACAUCAAGCGGGACUUUAUCAGCUCGCUAGAGGCGGAGCCUUACGAUGACGUCAUCGGGGAGAGAUGCGAUAAAACGGACUACGUUCCGCUAUUAGAUGACGAUGAAGCCGAUGGCUCUGGCGAAAAACGCUCAGCUGAAGGCAGCCAUCCCUCAGUGGUAGAGAACGGAGAACACAACAUGGCAGAUAUCGGUGUAUCAGAUCCGUUUGGAUCAGCUGGCGAUGAAGACGUCUUGACAGAUUUCCUCCUCCCUCCAGAAGUACAGAUCUGCCCUGCCUUCCCCGGUUCCACUGAAGCCGCCUUUAAUGAAGGAUGGCUGACCGAUUCUUACUCGAAAUCCGGAGACACCGACACACAGAGCGCCGACGCUUCGGAGAAGACCUCUGCUACAUUUGGGGAAACUCCAAGUGACGAAUCUGACAAAAAUUCAUUUCAAGUCCAUCAGAACGACACUACUUCACAUAUAUGGCAGCCGACGAAGGAGGAGAAGAUAGCGCUCAGUCCUUACAGUCCUCCAGAACAUGAAGGACUUCAGCUGAAAUCCGAGGAGUUUGACGAGGCUUCUUGUCCAGAGAGUCAACUUCUCCCCGGAUUGGGCAGCACUUAUCUGGAACCACAAGACGAAGAUGAGUUUCCAAACCCUUAUUCAUACGACCAGGAGAUAACAACAUCUACAUCCACUGAGACCCCCAACCCAGCCACUGGAAAUGAUGUACAGGAAAGUAGUCAGGACGAAGCUGUCCCCAUCCUUCAGUCUGUGGAAUGUGAUCCAUCUAAAGAAGAACUUGGUGCAGAGCAGGUGACUCCCGGGACCAGUAUUGAGCCCCCUCCGUCCCCUGCAGAUACCCCUGUAUCACCUGUUGAAUUGAUCCACAAAAAUUCUCCGGUUUCCGCUGCCAAUCAGUUCCCGGCAGAAAUUCUUGGUGAAUUCCAUGAAGAAGAAAGUCCAGCUUUCCCUGCUGCACUAGACCUGGAAAUAAAUGCUCCAGCCUCCCCUGCUUCUUUAGACCCGGAAACUGAGUCUCCAGCCUCACCUGCUGCAAAGGACCUUGAAAAAGAGUCUCCAGCCUCACCUGCUGCAAUAGACCUUGAAAAAGAGUCUCCGGCCUCCCCUGCUUCUUUAUACCUUGAAAAGGAGUCUCCAGCCUCCCCUGCUGCAAUAGACCUGCAAGCAGAGUCCCCAGCCUCCCCUGCUGCAAUAAACCUUAAAAUAGAGUCUCCAGCCUCCCCUGCUGCAUUAUACCUUGAAAAGGAGUCUCCAGCCUCCCCUGCUGCAUUAUACCUUGAAAAGGAGUCUCCAGCCUCCCCUGCUGCAUUAUACCUUGAAAAGGAGUCUCCAGCCUCCCCUGCUGCAUUAUACCUUGAAAAGGAGUCUCCAGCCUCCCCUGCUGCAUUAUACCUUGAAAAGGAGUCUCCAGCCUCCCCUGCUGCAUUAUACCUUGAAAAGGAGUCUCCAGCCUCCCCUGCUGCAUUAUACCUUGAAAAAGAGUCUCCAGCCUCCCCUGCUGCAUUAUACCUUGAAAAAGAGUCUCCAGCCUCCCCUGCUGCAUUAUACCUUGAAAAAGAGUCUCCAGCCUCCCCUGCUGCGUUAGACCUGGAAGCAGAAGCUGUGACUUCCCCAGUUGCAUUGGUCCAGUUGGAGGAAGUUCCAGCUGCCCCCUUUGUAUUAGUCGAGGAACCAUUGAUUCCUGUUUCUCCCGUUGCUUUGGUCCAGGAAGCGGCUGCUCCAUCCUCCCCUAUUGCAUUGAUUCAGGAAGAGGAGGUUUCAGCUUCCCCCGUUGCAUUGGUCCAGGAAGCAGAAGCCCCGACCUCCCCUGUUGCACUUGUCCAGGAAGUGGACGUUGCAGCCUCCCCUGUUGGAUUGGUCCUUGAAGCGGACGUUGCAGCCUCCCCUGUUGGAUUGGUCCUUGAAGCGGACGUUGCAGCCUCCCCUGUUGGAUUGGUCCUUGAAGCGGACGUUGCAGCCUCCCCUGUUGGAUUGGUCCUUGAAGCGGACGUUGCAGCCUCCCCUGUUGGAUUGGUCCUUGAAGCAGAAGUUCCAGCGUCCCCUGUUGCCUUAGUCCAGGAAUCCGCGACUCAGGCCUCCCUUAAGGCGUUAACCAAGGACGUAGAAGCUCUUGCCUCACCUGCUGCAUUAACCGAGGAAUUGGAGACCCCCUCUCCCCUCACUGCUUCAGUCCAGGAAGAGUUGGCCUCACCAGCAGAAGGAAGCCACCAACCUGAAGCACCACCUGUAAGAGAUGAUCUUCAACAUCUUGGAGACCAAGUGACUCUAAAGCAAAGGUCUUCCAAAACCAGUGACCGGCGGCCGGGCAGAGUGAAAACUGCUUUAGCGCCAGUUUCGGACACGCUUCUAGAGUCUGGCCUUGCCAGUCCAAAUCCGCAGUCACCUUCUGCCCAACCUGGUGAUUCUGAAUCAUUGGCCUCUAGAGCCAAAGCAUUGCAUAUAAAAGCCCACGAUAUGAUGGAAAGCCGAAGGGAAGCCGCCAGAGAAGUGGGCGAUCCGGAUGGCGUCCAAACAUCCCUAAAAAAGAAAAAGAAGAAACCAAAGCAAAGGAAAGCUUUUGCAUCCAAAGAAAUGGAGUUUGAGGAGGAUGCAUUGACUAGAACUAGCAGUGAGGCUUUGUACACGAGUGCGGGGCAGAUGGGACACGUGGAGCCCCCUACAAGACAAGACCAUCUGUUUGAGAAACCUCUGGGUAUUGCUAAGAGAGAGACUCGAAGUGCAGCAAAUGGCUCCUUGCCUGCCACCAAUCUUACCGUAGCCAAGAGUACCCCGGAGAGCUCUGCGGAGAGGGAAGGUGACCUGACCUUGUGUUCUCCAGAGAAGCUAAUGGCAGCUCCACGAAACAUUGAUUCUCCCUCCAUCAGGCCUUUUAAAGCCCCACCUGGCGACCAAGUAGAUAAAAGCUUUUUCGAUGCACCGCCUUCCCUCAUGGGAGAAAGUGGGAAACCUGACGCUCCUGUGGAGGCUAUCUUUGGAAUUGCUGACACAGAGGUCAGGAAAUGCCCUUAUUUGCAUCCUGAAAUUUUGCUCUCAACUUCUGAGAAGACACCGAAAGUUUCAUCGAGAAGAGAUGAAGGCAAGGAGAGUGCAAGCGAGCACUUCGCUGAUGCAGGGGCUGGAACGGUAAAGUGGGACAAGCCUAAAAAGAGGGAUAAGCGAGUUGGCAGCUAUAGCCGUGGAGGGCAUGUAAAGGAUCCAAAACAUUGGCAGAAGGGUUUAGACGACCUUGAAUCGGAGGUGUCGGCUGGUAUUCUACCGAUGGGACUGCCACUGAAUCCCGAACAGGAGCGUUCACCUCUUGUAAUGCCACUAGAUGAGCUGCAAAAACAGAGAGAGCAGAAGAUGAAAGGCAAGAAUGUAAAUAAAACUGUUCGUACCGACACCACAGAACCCCUGGCUGUUGGCUGUGGUUAUGGCCUAGACCUUAAGGAGGUGUCCAGAGAUUUGUUGGUAUCUGAAGAGAAGAUAUGGGGGCCACAUAAUGAUGUUCUGCUGCCCAGCAAUGAAAGGGACAGUAGUGCUGGUUCUUUACCACCCAGGCACUCUGUAACCACUGAAGGCAUAUACAAAGAGGAUGUCCCCUGUAAGCCUUUGUCACUUACAGAUACUGUGCUUGGUUUAGUAAUGGGAUCUGUAGAGCCCAAAAUAAGUCUGCUUAAUCCAGAAAGUGAGUCUGAGGGAGUCCUUGCAGAUCCCACUCAAGGGACAAGGACUGACACAGUUCUGGAUAGCAAAGUGUCUACUCCAAAAGUAAAGCCUGACCCAAGCAAUGAUGGCAAAGGGCAUGUUCCAGAAAGUGAGUCUGUUACAGUCCUGAGCUGUAAAGAGUCCCUUUUAGAGCACUGGUGCGAUACUGUCCUGGAUGGCAAGCCUGCCAAUACAGAAAGUAGUCCUAGUCCAACCCUGGCCUGCAGGGAGCCUGUUCCUCCUGUAGUCCAGGGCAGUGAAAAGCCUGGCAAGCUGCUGGGAGGCAUAGAAUGUGUUCCAGAAAGUAAACCAGAUAGAGUUCUCUAUAGCAAGGAGUCCAUUCCAGAAACUAAACCGCUUACAGUUUUAGAAGAUAAAGUGACCAAGGCUGACACGAUCCUGGAUGGUAAAGAGCUGGUUUUAGAUGGUAAGUCUGUCCUGACCAGCAAAAAACCUGAUGCGGAGCCAAGCCACAAAGCUCCUGAAAACGAGGCAUGUAUCGUCUUGGACAGCAACAAACCUGCUCCAGAAGGAAAGGCUGAUGCAGAGCCAAGCCACAAAGCUCCUGAAAAUGAGGCAUGUAUUGUCUUGGACAGCAACAAACCUGCCCCAGAAGGAAAGGCUGAUGCAGAGCCAAGCCACAAAGCUCCUGAAAAAGAGGCAUGUAUUGUCUUGGACAGCAACAAACCUGCCCCAGAAGGAAAGGCUGAUGCAGAGCCAAGCCACAAAGCUCCUGAAAAUGAGGCAUGUAUUGUCUUGGACAGCAACAAACCUGCCCCAGAAGGAAAGGCUGAUGCAGAGCCAAGCCACAAAGCUCCUGAAAACGAGGCAUGUAUUGUCUUGGACAGUAACAAACCUUCUCCAGAAGGAAAGGCUGAUGCAGAGCCAAUCCACAAAGCUCCUGAAAAUGAGGCAUGUAUUGUCUUGGACAGCAACAAACCUGCUCCAGAAGGAAAGGCUGAUGCAGAGCCAAGCCACAAAGCUCCUGAAAAUGAGGCAGGUAUCGUCUUGGACAGCAAGGAGCCAAUUCUGAAAAGUAUGCCUGCUAUAUAUGGCAAACGGUCUACUCCAAAAAAGAAGUCCAGAACUGUCCUUGGGAAUAGAGAGCGUACUCUAGAAAAUAAGCAUAGUACAGUCCCCGACAGCAGGGAGCCAGAAAAAGUCCUUGGCCUCGAUGCUUCUGCUCCAGAAAAUAAGCCUGCCUCAGUCUUGGCCGGCAAGGAGGCCCUUCCAGGAAGCGAGCCCUCUUCUGUCCUGGGUAACAGAGACCUUACACCAGAAGGCAAGCAGAAAAUAGACCUGGACGGCAAAGAUCUUCAUCCAGAAAGUAAACUUGGUGCCGCCCUGGAUGACAAAGUACUGGUAGAAGAAAAUAAGCCUGUUGAUGUCCAGGACCGCAAACCUCUGAAUGUAGAAGAUGAGCCUCAUAUGGUGCUGGAUAUGGAUAGCAAAGUGAUCAUUCCAGAAAAUAAACCUGGCACAGAGCACGUUCCUGAAAAUCAAUCCGCUACAAUCCCAGAGAGCAAAGAUCUCUUCCUGGAACCCAAUUUCUCCAGUUCUCCUGCCAUGGUGAGCCGAUCAGAGCCAAUCGUCCAGACUGGCCAGCCACUUUCACGCCCAAAAAAGGUUCAAGAUCUUGAAGACAUUUCCUUUGAGAGGCAAGUGAAAAGCAAAAAGGGCAAAGUGAAGUCAAAAUCAAGCAGUGCAAAAGGUUGGUAUGACACUGGGGAUAGAGGCCUUGAAGUGUCUGCCUUAUCACUGCAACCAAACGACCACCCGCUGGAAGCCAUUGUUUCAAGCUCUAAGAAAGCCGAACGUGGGUCGUUAAAGCGUCAUCAUAGCUCAGAGCAGAAGGGAAGUCCAGUUUUGGUAGACGCCAGGCAAUUGAUGGGGAAUGAUGGUCUUGUUAGACACGAUCAUGUAGAAGAUUCAACAAGUCAUGCUGUGGUUCCUCCUCUACUAGACUUAACUGCUAAGGAGCAGAAAGCUAAGGAGCUUCCUCGGAGAUUGGACCCUGUGGAGGCAGAUUUUAGCUUUCUUUCAUCGGAUGUAAAAUGUGACCAACCAGAAGGAGAAACUCCAUUAUUAAAAGGGCUGAGUGAAGAUAUCUUGACACUUACUGGAGAAACACCACAAGACAAAUUAGAACUAAAGUCUGAUAUAAUCUUGGAGCCCAGUCUAAAUUUGACUCCUCAUUUACCAGCGUCCUCAGGGGCUGGAGAAAUACUUGGAGCACAAGAUCAGGUUGUCCUUCAAAAAAAGUUGUCAGAUUUUCCGGUUUCUCCAGAAGAAGAGUUGAGUUUUGGCCAUACAAGUGACAUUGUUGUAAUCGAGAACCUGCAGUCUGAGGUUUCAGAGCCCCUCAUAAGUUGUUCCGUCACACCUCCACAAUUGCUUCAUGAGGAGUUCAACAUUCAAGGAGAUGCUAUUGAACCAACAACCCCUAAGUUGGAUGCCUCCAAUGAGACUUCAAGGAAGACUGAAGAAUUUCCAGAAAAUGUAGUCAACGUCUCCACAGAUGUUGUCCUAAAUGUUCCUGGAAGUGACGAUGGUUGUAAAGCAGUUCGUCAAGAAACUGAAGCUAAAAUCUUGACCACAUCACCUAAAGCUUUGACUGGAGAAGCCCCCAGAGCUACUUCUAAGACCAAAGUAAAGUCUUCAGCUCCUGGUCUGAAGGAACAUCUUCCUAUAGAGAAGGCCCCUCAGAAAAGUAAGACUGAGGAGAAAUCCAAAGCUCCCGAGGUUCUGAAGGGCUACAUGAGGCCCACUAAAGCCAGAGGUGCUGCCCCUCCACCAGCGUCACCACCACUUUCCAGAGCCGCAGGACUUGCCGUAGAGAAAUCCAAGCGGCCAGAAAAAGGUAAAUCGGAAGCGGUCGCUGCAACAGAAGAUUCCAGAACAGGAAGUGACAUCACUGCUCCCCCAACCAAGGAGCUCCCUGCAAGUCCUGAGAAGAAAGUGAAGGCCUCAGCAGCAACUGCAACCAAAACUGCAGCAACCCCUAAAAGCAAACCCCUGGCUGCUCCCAGCCCCAAGAAACCGCUGUCCUCGACACCCAUCCAAACUAAAAAGGCCAGCAGCCCUGCUCCGGCUGCCACCAAUAACACUGCCACUCCAAAGCGCCCCCUGGGGAGUGCACUGAAAACUGCAACACCUAAAGAGGCAAAGCCCAAGAGCCUGGAUCUUAAGAGUCCAGUGAAUACGGCAGACAAGAAGCCUCUGACCUCUGCGACUACCCCUCGCUCUGCUGUGAAGGCCAGCCCGGCGGCUUCCAAACUCGGCACCUCCGCAAAUACCACAGGAACAUCUGCACCCAAACCCAGUGCCACUCCGAAACGACCAACCUCUCUUAAGAAUGAUGUGAAGGCAGCAGAAGCCAAGAAGACAACUUCUACAAGGUCCCCUACUGAAUUAAGUCGCCCCAAAACUGUUCCAGCUGAUUUAACGAAGAGCAAUGGACCUGCUCCAGUGAGCCCCAGCCGCCCCAAGACCAGCAAACCAGCUGCUUCCAAACCUGUUACUGGUCCCAGUGCUUCUGCAGAUGCCAAAAAACAACCUAUCACCCGCCCAGCUCCUCUAAGCAAAACCAGUACAGCUCCUGCCAGCAAGCCUUCUAGUGCCCUGGCGGCCAGCAGACCCAGUGCGGCCCCCCUCAAACAGCCUCGUCCAGCGACGGCUCCCGACCUGAAGAACGUGCGCUCCAAGAUCGGAUCCACGGACAAUCUGAAGCAUCAGCCUGGAGGAGGGAAGCAGGUAAAAGUAGAGAAAAAGCCUGUGCCUGUCAGCACAGUUCGAAAACCUGCCCCUGCCCCAGCCGCCACUAAAGCAGCCAGCGCUAAGCCGGCAGACCCUAAAGAGACUGCGCAAAAGCAAAGCAAUGGGAAAGUCCAGAUAGUCAACAAAAAAGUCAACUACAGCCAUGUUCAGUCCAAGUGUGGCUCCAAGGACAAUAUUAAGCAUGUCCCUGGUGGUGGGAAUGUAACCAGUGCAGCCAAACCAUCCAUAGGCAGCAGCCGGCCGCCAGCGUCCACCAGCCACAAACCAGGCGGUACCAACGUGCAGAUCUUGAACAAGAAGGUGGACGUAUCAAAAGUCUCCUCCAAGUGCAUCUCAAAACCCGGUCUUAAAGCCAAGUCGGGUGCUGGUGAAGCCAAAUCUGAAUCCUCUAAAAAGACAGAAACUGAGAAGAAGGAACCUCAAGAGAACAUAAAGGAAAACGGUGGAGAGCCAAUCACACCGCCACAGGACACCGACAUAGUGACCCCCACAGACAACACGGCGGUGGACACACGGGAAAAUGGCAUACCGGAGAUGCUCCCUGUAGACGUCAGCAAUCAAAGGGAUAUCCAGAGCUUCAAUUCUCUCAUACCAGAGACAAGCAUCUAAUGAUGAAUUUGUGGUGUCGUCUUCCAUCUCUCUCAUUGUCUGAUCUCCUCCCUGUACAACUCCCAUCAUCUGUCCUUCCCACUUGUUCUCCACCCACCUCCGAAAUCGUCACACUGUUUCCCUGCAGAUUGAUGUGCCGCCCAGCUCCCGGCAAGAGAUGGACCAUGGAGAAUUCGUCUGCAACCCCCUCAAAAAACUACCCCGUUCCUUCCCACGACCAUGAUCUUCAGCACUUACGACCCCUUCCCUACUCUUACUAUCCAUAGCUCGACAGACCAGCAGAGGGCUCCACCGCUACAGCCAUCAUAGCGUCCGCUACGACCAGCUCAUCCGCUGCUUACCUUCCACAGCAAGGCUUGCCCUCCUGCUCGCUGUUGUAAGCCACGGCCGGCCCUGCCGCCUUCCCCGGUGUCUGGGUUCAGUGGUUGGGUUACAGGCAGCACCCCGUCCUGGGGUUGUGGUACCUAUUUUUUAGGUUUUUCUAUGAAAUGGAUGUUUUUAGCAGCACAACCUAUACUCAUCCUGAUCAUGGCGAUGAUGACAAUCGGUGGGAGGUUCCUGCGGUUUUACAAGGCGGGAGGUAACCGGGCAGCGUAUGGUCAGUCCAUCCAGCCAGAUACCGGGAGGGGCGGCAUCCGGUCCUGGUCACCGCGCGUUGUUCUGUGACGACGUCCUCGUUACAAACCUGUGUUUAUAAUUUAAUAAUAAUAAUAAAUGUUCAGUAUAUAUGUAUGUGACUCGCGACAGGCGCUGCUGUAACCAUAGAAACCCGCAGCUCCGUGUCGCUCUACUCGCCGCUUCCGUGACGCUUGAUAUCUCAUUUCCCCGCUCCCUCACCGCUAGAAACUCUUCACAUAUCGCGAGGUCGCGUAUUUUUUUAUUUUAUUUUUUUCCUAUUUAAUACUGUUGCAAGUUGUAUGAAGCAAGUCGGUAGAGGAAAGUUGUCAGUACGUGAAAUCUGGGGCAGGAGUGUUGUCAGAAAACGUCUUAUGGGGUCUCCAUGAUUGGAAAGGGAUGAAGGGUGAAUGCGUGGAUCUUAGGGGGAAGUCGGCCUGCGGUUGCGGUUUUGCACCACGUCCUCUAUGUUGGGUUGUGAAGGUCACAUGACCCGACCAAACAGUUUUAGAGCGGGAAGCGUUAGGCGAGGGAAACCAGAGGUCUGACGAUAACGGAAGAAGCUUCACUCGAUAUGUACGAACUGAAGGUUUAUUAAAGGUUGUUUUUGUUUUGUUUGUUUUUUGUCUUUGUACCUUCUGUGGUUUGAACUAACAUUUUACGUGCUGUGACGACACUAAAGGACUGACGUGUAAAUAAUUUAUUCUGGGGAUGCAGCCGAACAAGCAUUAUAGUGGGGGGGGGGGGGGGGGCAUAGGAAGCAGGGGAGGGGGGCUCAGGGCGGCCCUGUGUUACCCGACACCUGGACCUACACCGUUCUUAUUGCACUUGUAUUUUUAUAUAUAAAUAUAUUAAAAUGUUGCAUGAUUUCUAAUAAAAAUGACAUUAAAAUGUGACAAAAUUGCAGUGGUGUCUGGGUAAUCUUUAACUCUUUGUUUCCUGUGCUGAACUCUUCAGGAUGACACAGAAAUGGUCUGUCUUGUGUCCCCCCUUCCCCCCGGCAUGGAGCACCCACCUCACUGCCUGUGUGUUCCCCCUGCAUGCAUUAUCCUAGUGACGGUGCAGCACCCUCUUUUUAGGCCUGGACUCUCCACAGCUGUAGUUGCUGCACAGUGUUGCAGUUUAUCUCCUGGACCUUUACGGUAGUAUAUAGUCUCUGACUCUUGGUCCAGGUGGGGAACUUUUUCCAGUUCAUUGCAGUCCCACCAAAAUGUACACAGGUCCUCCUGCUGGCUGCUAUACAGUAGACUGCCUCUGGACAUGCGAGGGGCUCCAGGGUGUAGGUGCCUCGGUUAGACUCCAUUGUGCUGUGACGGAUGUGUUGUAUAUUCCCUGUCGUCCCUGCCUCCCCCUUACCUCUCCUGUGUUGGUAUCUUCCAGGUGUGUCCACCCCCCUCCCUCAUGGACCCCCGUGGUGUGUACCAGUAUAUAUCACGGCCAUUUAUUUAUUAUCCUGAAAUCUUCACGCCUGAGGUUUAGUUUAUGAGAUGUGAUGACGGUGGGCAUCGGGGUACCCCACUCGCUGUCCAUGUAGGGUGGCACUGCAAUUUUGUUCCAUACGUUUUUUGUUUUUAUGUUGAAGCUUGUACUAAUUGAUAGGAUCCUUGUUAAAGAGCAUUUCCUGGAAAAGCUGGUUGAGGUGGCCGCACACUGCUUUUCCAGGCUCCUGAACACGUGCUCUUUCCUAGGGAUUGGGAGACUACCCCUGUGGUAGAUGCAGUGUUGGUGGUCACCCAGCUUUCCCAGGUAGUGAUAUGACUGCAUGAAGUUGCUCACAUGAAAUAA